GAACCAAACCAUACCAUACGAGAAGAAACGUUGUUUUUCGAUUGCACUGUAUUUGUAUAGGCAAAGCCAGCGAGAGAGAAAGGCCGGCCUAGAGAUACGACCUGAUCUUAUUCGCUGGCCAACCCAACCCAACCCAACCCACCCCAGCACUAUCAGAUAUCUUCAACUUCUACGACUCCUUUCUUCUUCUCUUCCUUUAAAUACCAAACCAACAAUUUAGUCCUUUCUCUCUUCUCUCCCUAAUCCACAAUCCAUAAUUCGUAAUCCAUUUAUUAUUUUCCCUUUUUUACCCCUCCAUUCGUAUACCCUAUUAUUAUUAUUAUUAUUAUUAUUAUAAUAUGAAGAAGAGAAAAGAUCAGACCAACCCCAUAACCUUCGGCGCAACCAUCUACCGUCGUCAUCGCCGCCUCCACCGCCAUCUCUUUCAGCUCGUCUCUGUUUUCUCCGCCUGCAUACUCCUCUUUCUCGUCGCUUUCUCUCUCCUCGUUCCCUCCCCUAUUCUCCACCAUCGCCUCUCUAAUAUUAAUGGCAACGUGGAACGGGAAUCCUAUUUUGAUCAGAAGACUGAGUUUCAUGUUCCGACUAGUGGUGAGAGUUUAGGUCGUGAUUUAUGGAGCUCGACGCGAUCGGAACUGUACUAUGGUUGCAGUAAUGGUAGCCGAAACUUCAUGACUUCGGAUGCGAAAACGAAUCCUAAUCGAUACCUGGUGAUUGCUACUAGCGGUGGCUUGAAUCAACAAAGAACAGGGAUAACAGAUGCUGUGGUUGCAGCUUAUAUCCUAAAUGCCACUUUAGUUGUUCCCAAGUUGGACCAAAAAUCUUUUUGGCAUGAUAGCAGUAACUUUGCUGAAAUAUUUGAUGUGGACCGGUUUAUAUCAUUUCUCUCAAAAGAUGUUCAUAUUAUUAAAGAGCUUCCAAUGAAGGGAGGGAAAGGUUUGACUCCACAUUCCAUGCGUGUUCCAAGGAAAUGCACUCCAAAAUGCUACCUAAAUCGUGUUUUACCGGUUCUGAACAAAAGACAUGUUGUUCAACUCUCUAAGUUCGAUUACAGGCUUUCAAAUAGGCUGAGCAAACAUCUACAAAAGUUAAGAUGUAGAGUUAACUAUCACGCUCUAAAAUUUACUGAUUCCAUUCUUGAGAUGGGAGAAAAGUUGGUUGAAAGGAUGAGGAAGAAAAGCAAGCAUUUCAUUGCCCUCCAUUUAAGAUAUGAACCUGAUAUGCUUGCAUUCUCUGGAUGCGAUUUUGGCGGGGGAGAUAAAGAAAAAGAAGAACUUGGUCUAAUCCGGAAGAGGUGGAAAAGUUUACAUGUGAGCAAUCCUGAUAAAGUAAGAAGAAACGGAAGAUGCCCACUUACUCCAGGGGAAGUUGGUCUUAUGCUUAGAGCCUUGGGUUUUGGAAGUGAUGUUCACUUGUACGUGGCAUCAGGUGAGGUAUAUGGAGGUGAGGAGACAUUGGCACCGCUCAAAGAACUCUUCCCAAACUUCCAUACUAAAGAGACUAUAGCAAAUAAGGAAGAGCUGGCACCGUUCACAUCCUUCUCCUCUCGCAUGGCUGCAUUAGAUUUUAUUGUUUGUGAUGAAAGUGAUGUUUUCGUCACCAACAACAAUGGCAAUAUGGCAAGAAUGUUAGCCGGUCGAAGGAGAUACUUUGGACACAAACCAACAAUCCGUCCUAAUGCUAAAAAGCUAUACAAGCUGCUGGUGAACCGAUAUAACAUGACAUGGGAAGAUUUUGCUGCCAAAGUUCGAACUAGUCAGAUUGGAUUCAUGGGAGAGCCUAAAGAGAUUAAGCCAGGCAGGGGUGAGUUUCAUGAAAACCCCGAAGCCUGCAUAUGUGACGUUUCUGAUAAAAAUCCUGAUGAACCAAGUCCACAAAAUCGAAGUCAGAACAUCCAUCACAUGGAUAAUAGUAAUAACAAGGAAAAUAAAAAUAAAGAUUCUAAUGAUGUGACAGAUGAGCAGAUAAGUGAGGAUGAGCAGUUUUGGUUUGAUUAUUUGGAUAAUGAAACUGCGUUAGGGGGGAAAAGGCAGCCCAAUGCAACGGAUUUUGAAACAACUGCUAUGAUUAAAUCUGAACAACCAGAACUGGAAGAGUUAUUCUCAGACUGAGUGAGGGCAAAUCCAUUUUUCUCUGACUAUAUUCUUUUUAUAGAUUCUUUACCCCUUUUAGGUGAUCCUUUUGAUAGAUUGCGAUGAAGGAAUGCUAUGAAGGAGGAUAUUUCUUUCUUUUCACUGAACCUGAAGUGGCAGUGGCGACAGAGCACUUUGUACAUAAAAGGCGUUGGCUGAUAGAUGAGCAGGUUUAGAUAAACAGUGACUACACCUUUCCCUGAAAGAUUAGAUCUGAUGUUGAAGCUUGUACAUUCCAGUGGUCGUUAUCGUUUGCCAGCCUUUGCUUUUUCAUGGGAAAUUCGUUUCGUAAGGCAGGGGUGUUUAUAUUACAGAUUCGCAUAACCAAAGUGUAAAUUCUAGUUAUUAGAAAGGUUUAAAUUUUUUUUUUUUUGUUCUUUUACUAUGUGAAUACUAGAAUUAUGCUUUUGCCUUCUGAUUUUUGGCAACAUAUAAGUCUCUUUACUUUACUUUUCA